CUUCGACAAAUCGACGAUCCGUCGUGCGAUGUGCCGCCUGCCUGCCGCCGUCGCCCUUGACUGAUCUCCGUCCAGAAUUGAAGUCAAGCCUCAAGGGAAUUAGAAAGAGGAUAAUGGAGAGAUAUUUGAUAAAGAAACCCACACAAGUCCAGGCCCCUGCAAAUGUCAACACCACCACUGACAGUUCAUUGAGUUCAAAUGGAAAUGCAGCAGUAGCAAAGCCUGUACAGAGAUAUAAUUCUUCUGUUCCUCAAAUGGUUGAUUUAAACAAGCUUUCUCGUGAUCCAGCUAAAAGAAAGAGAAUGGCAGAUUAUCACCCCAAUCAACGUGACGAGAUAAGGAGAAAAUAUUUAACUUGGGGACCUCAUCAGCCUCGCGGUUUUAAUUUUCCUUACAAGCUGAUUGGAAAAAAGAAAAAGAAGAGGAGAUUCAAUCCUGAUUGGUUUCAUCAAUAUGGUAAUUGGCUGGAGUACAGUGAGAAGGAGGACAGAGCAUAUUGCUUAUGUUGCUACUUAUUCAGGGACAACAUUAAAGACACCCACCAUGGGCAUGAUGCAUUUGUAGUAAAAGGCUUCAACACAUGGAACAAGACGGAGAGAUUGUCGACUCACGUCGGUGAUCGAAGUAGUUUUCACAACAGGGCACUCAAGGACUGUGAGGACCUAAUGCAACAAGAUCAAUCAAUCGCUGCAGCCUUGCAUAGGCAGAGCCAAAUUGAAAAGAACGAGCAUCUCAUCCGGUUAAAUGCUGCAAUUGAUGCUUGUCGACACUUAUUGCAUCAAGGACAAUCUUUCCGUGGCCAUGAUGAAUCAGAAAAUUCAUAAAAUAAAGGAAAUUACCGUGAGCUAAUGGACUACACUAUUAAGCAGAAUGAUGUUGUUGCUAAAGCAUUCCAAAAUGCUCCAGAUAAUAAUCAAAUGUUGUCUCCGAAAAUUCAGAAAGAUAUUACAGAGUGCUUUGCAAGAGAAGUAUUGGGAUGCAUUAUGGAGGAAAUUGGCAAUGGUGUGUUUAGCUUAUUGGUUGAUGAGUGUCGAGAUGUUUCUGACAAAGAACAAAUGGCAGUGGUUCUCCGAUAUGUUGAUAAAUGUGGGCUGGUGCAAGAAAAAUUUGUUGGUGUUGUCCAUGUGGAGGAGACAUCGGCUUAUUAUCUCAAGUCUUGCAUAGAUCUCAUAUUUUCAGAACUUGGUUUGAGUCUAAAGCAAGUUAGAGGACAAGGCUACGAUGGAGAUAGUAACAUGUCCGGCGAGUUUAAUGGUUUGCAAGCUAAAAUUAAAAGUGAGAACAAGUCAGCAUAUUACAUACAUUGCUUUGCUCAUAAACUCAACUUGGUGGUUGUGGCCAUUGCCAAGGACAUAUUUGAUGUUGGAGAUUUCUUUGAUAUGAUAUCCGUUCUACUGAAUGUCGUGGGAGCAUCUUGUAAGAGAAAGGACCAACUUCGAGAGCAUCAUCGAGAAGAACUAAGGAAAGCAAUUCGGCGUGGAGAGAUUGCUACAGGAACCGGACUAAAUCAAGAACUAUCCCUUCAAAGACCAAGUGACACUCGUUGGAAUUCUCAUUAUAAAACAUUGUUGGGCUUGUCAAACAUGUUCUCAUCAGCGGUUAAAGUGCUAGAAUAUGUUGAGAAAGAUGGUUCAGAUAGCGGCAAGAGGCGGCAAGCUAAUGGACUUCUCAAAUAUUUUCAGACCUUUGAAUGUGCAUUUUAUUUACAUAUGAUGAUGAUGAUAUUAGCCUUAACAAAUGGGCUAUCAAAAACCUUGCAGAGAAAGGAUAAAGACAUUAUAAAUGCUAUUUCAGAUGUGGAAUCCACUAAGAGGGAGUUGGAAAAGCUUAGAACUAAUGAUGGGUUUGAUUCUCUUAUGAAGAAGGUACAUUCUUUCUAUGAGAAGUAUGAUAUUUCAGUAGUGGACAUGGAAGAUGUCUAUGUGAACCCAAAGAAGCCAAGACAGAAGACAGGGAUUAACAAUGAGCAUCACUAUCGUGUUGAUUGUUUCUUUGCUGUUUUGGAUUUAUUACAACAAGAGUUCAAUGGCAGAUUCAAUGAGGUAAAUUCAGAGUUGCUGCUAUGUAUGUCUGCUUUGAGCCCAAGUGAUUUAUUUUCUUGUUUUGACAAGGAGAAGUUGGUACAGUUAGCUAAGUUUUAUCCUGAUGAUUUUAAUCACAAAGAUAUGGUAACCCUUGAGCAUGAACUUGGCUUAUACAUCGAUAAUAUACUCCAUGAUGCAAGGUUUUCUAGCUUGGAUAGUAUAACCGAUCUAGCUAAACUGAUGGUUGAUACAAGGAAGCAUCUGUCCUAUCCUUUGGUAUUUCGUCUUCUGAAGCUAGCACUAACACUUCCGGUUGCGACCGCCACCGUUGAGAGAUGUUUCUCUGCUAUGAAGAUUGUGAAGAAUGCACUACGGAAUAAAAUUGGGGAUGAUUAUAUGAGUCAUAGUCUCAUUUGCUUUGUGGAAAAGGCAUCGCUGGAUACAAUUACUAAUGAGGUGAUCGUUGAUCGUUUCCAUAAGAUGAAAAAUCGUCGAGGGAGGAAUGCAGUGUAACAACAAUUGUAUGGAAGAUUAUGAAGUGCGCAGGGAUAUCUGAAGUUCUGAACCUUUUUGUCUAUAAAGAUUGUUCACUUUAGUGAUGAACUUUUGAGAAACAAAGUUGCUGUCAUAUUAUGUGUCGUGCUACUAUU